UUUAUCUUAUUAUCAAUUACAGAAAAUGGCCUGUGAAGGAAAUUUGCGAGUUGACAAUCAAGAAACCAUUGAAUGUCUGCAAAGAGAGGCUGAAUCUCUGAAAAAGAAAUUAGAGGAUGAAAAGGCAAAGCUUAGUGAUGUCUUAAUGGGAGCAGCAACAGAUAAAAUACCAAAGAUCGACAACUUUACCAUGAAAAUGAGGAAAAUGUUAAAAGGUCAUCAUGGAAAAGUUUUAUGUAUGGACUGGUCAAGAGACAAGAGACACAUUGUUAGCUCAUCUCAGGAUGGUAAAAUGUUGGUAUGGGAUGCAUUCACAACUAAUAAGGAACAUGCAGUAACCAUGCCAACAACAUGGGUAAUGGCCUGUUCAUAUGGACCUACUGGUGAAGUGGUAGCAUGUGGGGGAUUAGACAAUAAAUGUACGAUCUAUCCUCUGUCAAUGGAUGAAGAUCCUUUAACAAAGAAGAGAGCUGUUGCCACACAUACCAGUUACCUAUCCUGCUGUACAUUUACAAGUUCAGAUAAACAGAUAUUGACAGGAAGUGGUGACAGUACAUGUGCAUUGUGGGAUGUAGAAAGUGGUCAGCUGAUUCAAAGUUUCCAUGGUCAUGCAGGAGAUGUUAUGAGUAUUGAUUUGUCACCUUCUGAAACUGGAAAUUUGUUUGUUUCCGGGGGUUGUGAUAAGGUUGCUAUGGUUUGGGACAUGAGGACUGGUGAUUGUGUACAAGUAUUUGAAGGUCACCAGUCAGACAUUAACAGUGUAAGAUUUUAUCCCAGUGGUGAUGCUUUUGCUACUGGAUCUGAUGACAGCACUUGUCGGUUAUUUGACCUUAGGGCCGAUAGAGAGGUUAACUGUUACCAGAAAGAAAGUUUAAUAUUUGGUUGUAACUCUGUAGAUUUCUCUGUUAGUGGUCGUCUUUUGUUUGGAGGCUACAAUGACUACACAGUAAAUAUAUGGGAUGUCUUAAAAGGAAACAGGGUGUCAAUAUUAUAUGCACAUGAAAACAGAGUAAGCUGUCUUGGUGUGUCACCAGAUGGCACUGCUCUCUGUACAGGAAGCUGGGACUAUACUCUGAAGAUAUGGGCCUAGACUAUCCAUACUAACCACCAGAUGUUCAAGAUCUAACAAAGUAUCACUGAAUACAAGACCAAGAAUAUAACUUUUUAAAAAGUAUAAAUACACAACAUGAACAAAUUGUUUUUCUUCUGUCUCUUAGUACAUUAAUCUUUUCUGUCUCUUAGUACGUUAAAUUGUUUUUUAGUUUUGUCAUGAAUUAUGCAUGUAACAAUUGAUGCAACAAUAAGGGUACUGUAAAUUCAGAAGUUAUUUUGUACAUUUACUAAUGCAAUUUUAUAUAAUAGAAAAAAAUUAGAUAUCAAUUGGCCCGAGAACACAGUUAUUUCGUAGUGCAUUUCUUUUAGACAAUAAAUUCAAAUUAAAAAAAUCGCACCUGCUCUUUCUCAAAAAUAUUUUUACAGUGUAGUGUACUACCAGUGAGACAAAUAAAAUCAAAAUUAUAGAAACUUCUACCUGCUCUAACUCAACAUAUUGACAAUUUUGUGUUAAGGGGGUGUAAAAUUCAGUUUGACAGCUUCAGACGUGAUAAAAAUUGACCUUUUAGAACUGGACCAAAUCACUACUUAACAUAAAGUUUCAGCACCCAAAUUUUUUUGACAUGUAAUUACAUCCCCCUACUUAAUAUUUCAUGCAUUUAAUAUAAAGAAAUAAAUUUGGAAAGUGUAUAAAACAAAACAUGCAAGUUAUACACUGUUUACACUAGGGACUAUAUUCGUAGACAACGAAAACCAAAGGACGAUAACUGUGUCCUUGGACCAAUUAUCACAAUUUUAGAAAAAAUCUGCAUAAAGUCAUAUGUUUUAGAAAUUAGAAAGAGAAAUUGUAUUAUUGGUUUAUUCACUCAGUCAUAUUUUCACAUUAGUUAACAAAUCUCCUAAAUUUCUGAAUUUACAGUACAAGUAUUAUAUGCUAUAUAAUCUUUCACUUUUUCAAUCAACUUUACAUUACACCAUUAUCAUUUUUAUAUCCACAGUACAUCAGUUUUAUAUUUCCUUUUAAUACAUGUACACAUAUUUUAUGCUGGUGAUAUAAAUACACACUUUGCCCCAAAUAAGUAUAUUGAGUUAUUAGAGUCCCCUUAAAGUGUAUGUAUGUUGAUGUAAUGACUUAUCAAGGAAUGCUACUUGUUUUACAGUUUUAGCCAUUUAGAGAAAUCAUUUCUGGAAUUUUAUAAGAAGUUCUGGAUGAGGUAUACAGAAAAAUUAACACUUUUUUUUUAAAUUGAGAAAAAAGGUAUUAAAAGAGAGAAAAAUGGGGUGUUAAAGUAUAAAGAAGAGGAAAAAGUGGGUAAAGAGAAAUGACCUUAAAAUUCAAUAAGUACAAAAAAAACUUUAAAUUUAAGGUUUUAUUUGAUAUUAAAUGUUAUGCUAAUUAGCUGAGUAAAAAGAUUGUAAAACACAAGUAGCAGUAAUGUUUUUGGUUAGAUUCCAUGUUUUCUCUCUGAUAUUUUAGAUCUGAACUGUCUUUUUUCCCCCAAUUUAGCAUAUUAUGUAUUGUAUAAUUUACAUGCUGCAUCAUGUAAUUUGUUAUCAGAUAAGAUUAUUAAAAUUAAAAAUGAUAACUCAUUAGAUUUUAAAAUAAUAUGAAAGAAAAAAAAGUACAUAUUGAUUUUUAUCCAAAAACAAACAUUGUACAAUAAGUUAUCAUUGCAUAGGAAAAGAUGAUAGUUUAUAGAUUGUUAUCCACAUAUUUAUAAUGUAUUAAUAACUAAAAUUUAACUCCCCUGAUUUAUAGUAUGACGCUAAUAAUUCAGCCAGCAUCAGUCUUGUAGUGCUGAAUAAAUAGAAUAAUUUAGCCAGCAUUAGUCUUGUAAUGCUGAAUAAAUCAAAUGUGUUAGUUAUUUCAUUGUUAUCCAUAUUUUUUUUAUCUGAAUUCCUUUAUUUAUAUUUUAGAUAUAUUUAUAUAUGUGUUUCUUAUUAUAUAUUUUAUGUUUCUGCUGGCAGUAAUUAGAAUUAAAUAAUCAUAAUUGUUCAAAGAAAACAACAUUAUCAAAUUUAAAUAGUUAAUGUUAAAAGAAUUGUUGGUAAUUGAAAACUUGAAGAUUAGCUGAUAUACUUUAUAAGAAUUUUCAGUAUACGCUAAAUUUAUCUUAUUCUAUAAAGUGUUAUUCAUUUCUGCUACAGUCACUUACACUUUCUUUUCACAUAUUUGCCAUUCAAACAAAAAAAAUAAAAUGUUUUUAAAGGAAGAUGAAAAUGUCUUUAAAUUUUCAUUAUGGUAUGAUUAAGAACAGAAUAUUAUAUUUUCAUAGAAUAAAUCGUUCAAAGUUUAUUACAUUAAAUGAAAAAAGAACGAAAUUCAUUAUAUUACUGUAUUAUUAAUUAAAGUGCUAGUUAGUUGGCUUUAUUGAUGCCUACAAAAGAACUAUAAAAUUAUACAUCCAUUAGAUUGAAUCUUGCAUUUAAGGUGGUACCUAACACUUCAGGGAGAUAACUCUGUAAAAUCAGCUAAACGUUUUAAUUACGUUGUGUUGUAAAGGGAAUAUAAAGCUUCUCAAUGAUCAAAAUAGGUGUUUGUCAAACUGCUAUAUAACCAGUGUAAUUUUUCUGACAAAACAGUUGGUUGAAAGUUUUUGAAAUUUUUAUAUUUUUGUUAAAGGGUCAAAGUUAAUACUUUGACAAAAUUUUGUGAAAAUUAAACGAGCCAAAUUAAUUUUAGUAAAAGUGUUGGGUACCACCUUAAACCACAAAAGUUAUAAGAUGAUGGUUAUCAAACUUAUUGAAUCCACAAAAACAUGAAAGUACUCAUAAUACAAGAGGUGUGAAUAGAGAGUUUCCUCCCCUUUAUUGAUCCAUGCCAUCUUUUAUUUGCUUGUGUAAAAUCAUAGAGAAGACAUACAUUAUAGAAUUUCAUUUCAUUUUUAAAAUUCUGUGACCUACCACUGAAAAAAGUAAUUUUUACCUCAUUAACAAGUUGUGUUUUGUCCCAUUUUAAUAAAUUUUAUUUAAACUAUGUAAUUCUAUGUGCAAUAUAUUAUUUACCAAAAAAAAGUGUGCUCAUUUUUACAACAACUGAUCAAGAGGCUAAGAAACAAAAUGAAGGUACAUUGAAAAUUUGAAAUCACUGAUUUCUAACAAUUGUGAACAAAUCUGUUUUAAAAGAUUAAACAGGAAAUGUCAUUAAAGUGCUUUUAUAUGUAUUUAUUGCAAUUUAAAGUGGCUACAAUGUAUUUAAUGUUUAAACAGAACACCUUUUAACUAAUUCAGAUGCAAAUAAUUAAAUACAUGUACAGAUAUAUUUUAGUUAUAUUGUUAAAUAUUUGCAAACUAAUAAUAAUACACACAAAAAAAACAUGUGUUGGUUACAUUAAUAAAUCAGUUAAUGACAUUUGAAUAGACAAUAUUGUUAAUGAGUAUAUAAAGUAUUUGUUUAUGUAUGUUAUAGAUAUUUUUAACUAUUUGUAUAGAGUCAGUACCAACUGAUGCAAUAUUUUGUUAUUUUAUUUCUAGUCGAUGUUGUCUGUUAUAUAGAUAAUCCUUUUUGUAUUAUAAGAUAUACAAUAAAUAUAUAGAUA